AUGGCGGGCUCGGGGCUGAGCGAGCGGGAGCGGGCGGGGUGCCGGGACCUGCUGGAGCUCCUGCGCACCGAGGAGCUGCUGGCGCUCACCGACACCGUCACCAACCGCCUGGUGCACCCGGAGAGCCGCCAAGAAGCCAUUCAUGCCAUUCUGGUGUACAGCCAAAACGUGGAAGAACUUCUGAGGCGCAGGAAAGUCUGCAGAGAGAUCAUCUUCAAGUAUUUGUCGGCGCAGGGAAUUGCAGUGCCUCCUUCCUCGGAGAAACACCUCCUCAUCGAGCGUGUGAGGCAGCUCUGGAGCGGGCAGCUCACGGCACGAGCCUCAGGGCCAGGGCACAGAAAACCUCCUGCACAGGGUCAUGGAAAUGGACAGAAGUCACCGCAAGACGACGUUGGUGGUCUAGGAGGAGAAUUCUGCCAGUGGUACUUUGAACUCCUGAACUCUCAGCACCCUUUGGGAGUAAAAUCUGAAGAGACAUGGGGACCACAGCAUUUUUGGGAGGAUGCCAAACUGAAGUUCUGUUACAACACUUUGGAAAAAAACGUGGAACAGUAUGUGGGUGCAGACAUGGUGAGCCUGCGCCUGCUGUCCUUGGUUAAAGAAGAAUGUCUCCUCUUCAACCCAAAUCUGCAUUCCAGUGGCCUGAAAUGUGCCAUGUCCCCUCAUGGAUUGGUGCUGGUGGCAGUGGCUGGCACAGUGCACAGAGACAAUACUUGUCUCGGUGUCUUUGAGCAAAUCUUUGGGCUCAUCAGCUGCCCUGUGAGGAAUAACACCUGGAAAAUAAAACUGGUGAACCUUAAAAUAGUAGGACAGAAUGCUCUGGAGCCUGGGAUGCAAAUUGAAAAACCUUCCAUAAAAUACGAGUCAAACCAACUGAGAGAGUUCUACGAUGGGAACGAACUAACUAUUUGA